UAACACCUACCUUUAAUUGUAGAAUGAUUAUUCUAUUUUACAAGUGAUUCAUCUUUGUCUUCACUUACCUUACCUAACUAUAAUAACUGGUACGUGUUUUAGUUGGUGCAUCGUUCUUUUAGAUUGCUUCGUGUUGCAAAUUAUUGUGAUUAUAAUUUUGUUUUUGGUUAAUAUACUUACAAGUCAACUUCAAAAUUUGUUUAUCAAAUGCAUAUAGGCUAUUUGUAAUCUCCUGUCCAAAGUAAAUAUUGAUAUAUUUUUGAAGUUUCACAAUGGUAUACUACUUUACAAGCGAUGUUGUGACGCCAUCUGUUACUCUCUUUAUGGGAUUCGACAAAAUGGAGAAUGAGGAAUUGAUAAAAUGGGGCUGGCCCGAGGAUGUGUGGUUCCACGUAGACAAAGUCUCCUCUGCUCAUGUAUAUUUGAGGUUGAAAGAAGGCCAGACAAUUGAUGAUAUACCAUCGGACCUAUUGACGGAUGCUGCACAGCUUGUAAAGGCAAAUAGUAUUUCUGGAAAUAAAAUGAAUGAUGUGGAUGUAGUGUACACUAUGUGGUCAAAUCUCAAGAAAACUGAAGGAAUGGAACCUGGUCAAGUUUUAUUUCAUGUGGAAAAGGACGUUCACAAAAUAAGGGUUGAAAAAAGAAUAUCUUCAAUCAUAAAUAGACUGAAUAAAACAAAAACUUCGGCCACCCCUGACUUUCGAGCUCUAAGAGAAGAGAGAGACAGAAAAGAAACCGAGAAAAGGAAGAAAAUUCAAAGGGAAUUGAAGCAGAAAAAAGUCGAAGAAGACAAACGAAAGAGAGAAGAAGCCGAACUCAGGAGCUAUACAACACUUAUGAAGAGUGAAAAUAUGACUGCGAACACUACAAAUGAAGAUUAUGAUUCUGACGAUUUUAUGUGAAAACCCCAUUGAAGCUGAUUAAUAUGUACAUAAUUAUGUUGCACUGUAUUUACAUUAGAUAAUAAUGGGUUUAUUUGUUAAGAAUAUUCUGUUUAAAAGCCAUUUUCAUUUUGAAAAUGGAAAAUAACCGUUCUAUUCACAAUUUAUUCCAAUCAAGGUUUACAAUAUUAAAAAUGCAAAUAUUUCAUUUUGUUUCCAAUGGUUUCAUUUGAGUUAGUAGCUUACAGUUCUACAGUGUAUGCUGUAGUUCCUACUUGAAUGUGAAAUUGAACGAACAAUGCAUUUUCUUGGAAAAGUUGGUGUAAAUAAAUUAUUGUAAUUUGGAAUCGUUA